AUGGAUGCGGACGACACCAGCGCUCUGAAGGCGCGGGUGGCCGAGCUGGAGACGCGCGUUCGUGAGCUGGAAGCGCAGCUUUCUGCGCAUUCUGAGCCCUCGGACUCGGAGCUUGUGGAGCUCCGUGCCAUUGUGGAGGCGCAAGAGGGUGCCCUUGAUGAUCAGCGUCGCAUCAUCGAGAGCCAGAGUGCCCUGAUCGAAGAUCUGAGCUCGCACUUGAGCGCCGCAGGUUCGAAUGUCGAGGCCCUGACUGAGACUGUCACGCCCUCCGCGACUUCGAGUCAAGUGAAAGAGCCGAAAGAUCCAGCACAUCCGGCACAUCCGGCACCAAGCAGUGAUCCUCAAGGUCCCAAGCGCCGGAGUGGUGGAAGUGGCGGAAGCGGAUAUCGCGGGACAAUGAGCGCUCCAGGUCUGCGCAAGCCUGUGAGUGCAUCGUCCGGGGGUGCAGGAGCAGCUGCAGGAGCCGUGGGACGGGAGAAGGUCGAUCGCAAGGAGAAACGCCUGGGCUGCUCGUCGGGCAGCAUCAGCUCUGCAAGCAGUGGUGGCUUGGUUCGAGGGCCAUCUCCACGAACGACGCCUCGCAGUGCCAGCACGGGCAUCGCCUCGCGUGAGACUAGAAGAGCAAACUCUAGCACACACGGCGGUCCCAACGUGUCUUCUGUGGGGUUGCCUCCCUCGCUUCCCUUGCUGCGGCAAGAAGCAUAG